AUGGAUCUCAUCACAGCUACAUAUCGCUAUACUCACUCUGUGAAAAAGAAAUUGAGGCAACUGCAAGCUGCUAACAACGGUGAUAAAACCGCCGUGGCGCGGACCCCUCAGAUUUGCCUAUGGAGUUUCAGGGCCAAUUCGCCACCAGAACUUGUGUGUGGUAUGACCAACACUCACCUUACCCCUCCCUUCGCGCCCGCACUCAAGGCCCUGCUGUCCUCUCCUUUGGCGCGCACGAAGCCUGGUACUAAAGUCCAGCCCGAUGAACCACUGGCACUUUCACUGGCACUGGAUAGGCGUGGAUGGUUAGGAAAGCUUCCGGAGCGCAGGGAACGAAAUCUAUGGUGGAAUUGGUGGCGAGAAGAACCAACAAAAACACUUGUACCGACGGAGAUUGAAGUAGUCGAACCAAGCCCAGAUAACGCAAGCACACUACCUUCCGAUAAAGCCAGAGCCACAAACAAUUCUGGUACAACUAGCUCAAAAGCAUCUCUGCGGCUCAGACAACUAGGACUACCAGUGGCCAAAACUCAAGAAUUCGACUUGAUACAUCGUGCUGAAGAAUAUUCUCAAAACACCCAGGAACCAGAAGUUGGAACUAGUUUGGCCGUUCCUCCGCAAUCAAGAUUCAUGCGCCGAAGAUAUCGCGAAUUGCUGAGCAAAAUGCCACUUCUGUCGUUCAAUUCUGCACCAUCUUCGCGAGUACCACCUACAGGUAGCUCUGAUUUACGGCCUCAGGGCCGGAGCACCCCACCCGUGCCCCCUGUAUCUCCCGGAAGGUUUAGUGUAUCUAUAUCUCCACUCGCCACCACCCUUGGGCCUCGCAACCGGACGACUUACUCUCUCAUGACUCAAGAAGACCGCCAGUGGAUAGAACGUGCUCGCGAAUCAAAAGGGCGCCCGGAACCCAAAUCAGGAGUACCGCGUCCACUAAAACGUAGGAAAUUUUGUUGCUAA